CGCAGUGGUGUUUUUAAUGGGAACCGAAAAUAAAGAAUAUUUCGAAAAAAACCAAUCGUUUCGGCCGCAUUUAAUCCGUCGCGUCUAACGCAUCGACGUAUCGCAAUUGUCAGCAACAAAUCCGCAUCGAAAUCCGCCACAUCGCGUCCAUUUGAAGUUUGUUUGUGUCGAUAACCGAAUCGUUAGUUUCCCUCCAAAUACUCGCAUGCUUCACGUUCACCUCGCGAUAUGCCUCUGCUGAAAAAGAAGGUCUUCGAGAAGCACACCAUCUCCGACGAGCACCUUAGAGACGACGAGGAAGUGUUCUAUUGCGAAAUCACCAAUGAAAUAUUCAGGGACUACGAGGAAUUCGCCGAAAGGAUGUUCCUCUACAACUCCAUGGUGUGGACCUGCUCGAUGACGGGCAAGCAGAAUCUCACCUACCAGGAGGCCCUCGAGAGCGAGGAGAACGCCCGCCAGAACCUCAAGGAGUUCCCGCUCGAGCUGCGGCUGCCCAUUUUGUAUCUAGCCAGCAAAACCCAUCGUACUUCGUUCGCCGACAUGGCCGACGACGUAUUCAACUACGUCAAAGACCGGUACUUCAUCGGCGAGAACCUCGAAACGUCUUUUACCACAAACAAAUGGAAGGAUUCGCACGUUUUGCAAGUGAUCGCUCCGUCCGAAGACACUGUCAAAACCUCUCCCAAGAACGGGAGCAAAACGGACCAUCACUUUUGGCCCCCCGCCAACCUGUUCAAAUACGAAAUCGAGCACCUGGACGCCUACGACAGCGACAUCAGCGAAAUCAUGAUAGUCGAUUGCAACCAAAUGCGUCGCCGAAAGGGCUCCUUCAAUCGAGACAAGUGCAAAUUGUUCCUCAAGCAGUACGUGGAGCACGACGCGCGCGGUCUGUUCGCCGUGAAGCCUUCGGUGAUCGGCGAAUUGGCCAUCGACAAGAUGAAAUUCGAGCAGAUCUUCGACGGGCCGCCGCCCGAUUUCGCGGCGUCGAAGCGCAAGGAGCGGACGAGCAACAACGGCAAGAAGAAGCUGAGCCAAGAAACGCUCGCUAAAUAUCUAACGAAAAUGAAUAACGGCGACGAAGCGUCGCCUAAAAGUAGAGAGAAGAAUUUGGAGUUGAGCGAACGGAUGCGCAAGCGCGAAGAGCAAUUCAAAGCGAAGCAACUGCUGAAGCAAGAGGAGAAGAUCGCUUUGAAGAACAAACAGAAACGAGACAGUAUUACUUUGAAUAACGUCAUCAAACAAUGGCUGUUGCCCAAGGAAGAUACACAAUUGGAGAACCAACGGAAACUACCUCUAUUUACGCCGGUGAAAACGAAAAUACCCGAUCGACAUUUCGGCGACGUUCUCAUGAUCAUGGAGUUCGUCGAAUCGUUCUCCAAAUUGCUAUCGACCAAGGACUUUUUCCCGCAGGGCAUCAAUUUGGAGCUGAUGGAGCGCGCCAUGUUCGAAAAGGAAAUCGCCGGACCUCUCACGGAUCUCGUGCAAAUGUUCCUCGCCGCCAUCUUUAACGUGCAAGAGGAGGAAUCCAGCCAGUAUCGCACGGCCCUCGAAAAUCCGACCGAUAUAAAAAACGAAGACGUUUUGGACAAUUUGAGUCUGACGGACGCCACCAGAUUGGCCACGUCGGCGUCGAGUUGGAGCAAACGGUACCAAGGUUUGCCCUUAGGACGGUUACCUUUAUAUUCUGUGACAGUAUCCGAAGUACUCCGGCUACAUUUGCUAUCGUCCGGAGCCAGGAUCAACGAACAAGGCGCCAAAUGGAGGUACGCUCAACGGGGCGGCUACACGAGCGAAGACGAUCCGGGGCUCCACCUGCGCCUCGAACGGCCGCGCAUCCUCAAGGCCUUGGCCACGCACAAUCUGGUGCAGCUGUCGAUGCGCGACAAGAUCCGCAUCCUAUCGUGUCUGAUGAACCAACUGUUGACGUUCGCCGACGUGCGGGACGUGAUCGAGGAGCGCUUCGAGGCGAACCGGCGGCUCAAGAUCGACCUGAAGGCGGCGCAGCUCGCCGAGAAAAAGGCCGCACAAGAACUGGCGGCCGCCAAGCAAAAGGCCCAGAAGGAGAUGAAGGGCGAUCAGCGCGGCGCGCAGGAGGCCUUGGACAAGUUGGAUAGGGACGCCGAGAAGAAACGGGGCGAGAACGAGAGGAAAAUCGCCAAGUUGAUCGGCGGGAUCUACAAGGGCCAGACGUAUUUAGGAUCGGACAGAGCCCACAGGAAAUACCUGAAAAUCAAUUCGAUACCGGCCAUCUUCGUGAACGACGAACGAGAAGAAACCCUACCGUGCGACGACGCCAUAUGCAAACAGAACCCGCAUCUGGUCAACGUGAGCAAAUCCCAAUUGACGAAAUACAUGCGAAAGUUCCACAUCGACGUCGAAACGCCCGUCGACAACCCGUCGAAUUCCCCCAAAUCGCCGAAAAAACCCAACGGAAUUCUAUCGACGGGUAGUCCGAAAGACGAUGCGUUAGAACUACUCAUGUGCACCGCCGAUCCCGGCGACUGUCCCGUACAUUCCUGCAACGAUUCCUCGACCAAAUGGUGGUUUAUCAGCGACGAGCAUCACGUGCAGGAGCUCGAGAACUCGUUGAACAAACGAGGCGUAAGAGAGGGCGAAUUGUUGCAGGCGAUCAAAGACGACAAGGCGCAUUUGACGAGCAUCGUAGCUCAAACGCCCGUCAAUUUGUUGAAUCCCGAUGUCGUCGUCGACGUUAAAAUCGACGAGGAACAAGCGCUCGGAAGGAGAUCGAAAAGGGGCAAAGAUCGCUACGAGGAUUCGAACUUGGGCUAUCCGGCGUCGAUGCCGUCGGAGGAGGUGCUCGAGAACGCCCUCUUAGAUAACGUACUGGAGAUGGAAGAGAAGAUUUACGCCGGCAAUUUGGGCAGUUUGGGCGUGAAGAAUCGCGACGAAUGGAGACGCCAUUUGCAGAACAAGCGAUACGGCGAUUUGGAUAAGACCAUUGUGAAAAGGGAACCGUCCAAAUCGCUGCUGAAGGUGAAGAAAGACAAAAACAGCAGAUCUCCCACGCCCGAGUUACCGGCGAAAUCGAAAUUGAAAGACUACCAGGAUCCCGGACGGUUCCUCGGCGAUAUCGACGGACACGAAGCGAACGAAAACGAAGAAAACGAAGAAGAAAACUAUUUAAUUACCACCGAUAGCAUGAGAACGUCAGUAUCGUCUUUGGCUAUAGCUCUAGCGCAAGUCGCCCACGCCGUCGAUCACAAAUACUUGAAGAAACCCUUAGGUAACGCGGACGCGAGCAAAACCGACAAGAAACCCCACCAACAGUUGCUCGACAAUUGGGAACAAUCGCUGCUGGCCUCGACGAGCUACAGCCAGGUGUUCCUGCACUACGGCACGCUGGACUCCUGCGUGAUGUGGUCCAGAUCGGCCCUGUUGGCCCGUUGCAGGAUAUGCAGGCGACAGAAGGACUCGGAGAACAUGUUGCUCUGCGACAAUUGCAACUUGGGCCAUCACCUCUACUGUCUCAAACCCACCCUAACGAGCGUACCGAAGGGCGAUUGGUUCUGCGACAGGUGCAAGAAGGAGAAGGAGGCCGAGGCGCAGCUGUUGAGCCCGACGCCGGCGACGCCGACGAAGAAGCGUCGCAUAUUCCGCGACGAAGACGUCGAAGACGAGGAGACGGAAUCGAAGAGCACCGAUAACGAAUCGCACAGCGACAACGUCGCCGCCGACGCGGACGAGGAGGAGGAUAGUUCCGACGAGGACGGCUCCAUCGAUGAGGGCCAAUCGCAGAAAGAAUCGAGACCGGUGAAAUUCUCGUUGUGCAAACAUUGCAAUUCCGGCGGGGAAUUGGUGAAUUGCGAAAAGUGCCUGUACCAUUGGCACAUCGAGUGCUGCGAUCCGCCGUUGCGCAGGAUCCCCCGAGGUCCUUGGACCUGUUGGCCCUGCAAAAGCGGCGCCAAGAAACGGCAAAGGGAACGGACCGAUUCAGAUUCCGACGACGAAUCGUUCGGUUCCUCUAACGUCCGCAGGGGGAGCCACCUGCGCGAGGACCUGCCGUUGCACAACGCCUCGUUGCAGGAGCUGCUCGGCGACGUGAUGAAGCAUCCCGACGCGUGGGCGUUCAUCAGGCCCGUCACCAAAUCGGAGGUGCCCGAUUACUUCGACAUCAUCGCCAAGCCGAUGGAUUUCGGUACCAUCAAGUACAAAUUGAACAUGGGCGUCUACAGGAAGGACGGCGAUUUCAUGGAGGACGCGGUGCUGGUCUUCGUCAAUUGUAACACGUACAACGACAGGGACGCCGAGGUGUACAAGUGCGGAGUGAGGUUGUUGAAAUUCUUCGAGAAGAAAGCGAAAGAGUUGGGUUUGAAGUUGCCCGAAGAGAUGACGAGCGACGAUCCGGCUCCUCACAGGUCGAGGAAGAAGCAGAGGUCGAAGUGAUAGGACAAAAAUGACGAGUGACUACUACAAGAUGAAUCUUUUUUUUUUUUAACUUAUUUUUUACAAUUAUUAAUUAAGCUUUCCGUCGCUUUUGUAAAUUUGGCGAAUUUUUUUUUGUACCGACUCGAUUUAUUCCAUUUUUUUAUAUUAAAAAUUUAUAGUUUAGCACUACUGUUAAUUAGAAUUACGACUAUUUAUAAUAAAACGUAAAACACCU